AUGAAUGGAAUGAAAGGCUCUUUAAAUAGUCGUCUAGAUAGAAGGUCUUUAUUUGUAUUUACUAAAACAUCUGUUUUAAAUCUUGUUUUAACUCUCGAAUUUUCAUAUUUACAGAUAUACACCAGUAUCAUGGUAUUUUGUUUUGUGAUAGGUACUGAAAUUGAGAGCGUCUUCGAAGUUGAAGACCAGGCAGGAAUGAGCAUUUCAAAACUCAAAAAUAUAAUCUAUGACAAGAAAAAGAAUAAUUUUGAAGGCAAAGGUUUUGAUCCUAGUGAUUUGCAUCUAUGGAAGGUAGAUAUUCCUGACAAUACGAAGAACGUUAAACUGAAAACACUUGAAAGUAAAUCUCAUAAUAUAAAUAAUGAAAAUACUAUUAUACAAGAGCUCAGAGGAAGAAGGUUGACUCCAUUUGAGAGUCUUGGUGAUAUUUUUGAUAAUGAUUCUAAGAACAUCCGCAUCAUUGCACAACUGCCUACCACUGAGUCACUAAUAAACAAAAGGCGCCUUUGGUAUAGAGAUCCUAAGGAUGCAAAUGUUAUUCAAGAUUCGAGUAAUAAAGAUCAGAAGAUCCCUGUGUUAGAAUCAGAGUUCAAAAGGGUACGCGAGUAUUGUAAAUUAUAUGUAGACAAAACAGAAUGGUUAACUCGGCUUGAGUUAAAUACUGGAGAGGAAUAUGACAUUAACAUUGACACCGACAUCACGAAUUAUGAUGUUAAGGAUACCACUAUUGAAUUAAUUACGUCACUAGCUGGUGAUGAUAAAAAUGAGUAUAGACAAGUGGUAAUACUCAUAAACGAAUAUGACUCCCCACUGUUAAAUGUCAUCGGUAUCACGAAAGAGAACACAAAAAUUGCAAAUGACAGCCACAGUGUAAAAAUGUAUUCGCAUUUAGGUUUAUUUUCAGGAUUAAAUAAUCUUAAGGAUAUUAUAUUAAGUGAUGAAUUAUCUGGAGCAUAUGGUUUCACAGGUGAUGAGAUAACAAAAGCAUUUGAAGACAAACUAUCAAAUUUAUGCAAAUCAGAUGAUCACUAUAGAGAUGUGCAAGAUGCAAUGAAUAGGCUUCAGAAAAAAUAUAAUG